AUGCCCGGCGACUCACGCGACACGGCCAUUCGCGAAGCGAAACGGUUCGUCCGCGACGCCGUCCGUAAUGACUGGGAAUUCGUGCCCUCCACCAGCUCCGAAGCUACCCGCCCCACGUCGUCCUCAUCUACUUCUUCCACGGGCACCCUCUACCAAAACCGACAAGUGAGCGAAUGGCGAUGCCGCGAAUUUGACAGCUCGGGCUCCGAGCUCGAACCACAAUCAUCGGACGACUCCGAUUCGGAGUCACCCUCCGGAGGGAAAGCAGCAGCAGACACUGCGAUUGAGCGGCGGCGCAGACGACGCCGCCAGAUGGAUGAGGAGAUGGCGUGGAAUGAGGGGAUGCGAAUGUGGAUGGCACGACGGGAUGCAUGGUCUGGGGCUCGGACACGACGACAAAUUCGAGCUAAGGAGCAGAAGCGCAAGCUGGAUGCUUCGAUCCAGGACCAAUCUUCUGUCGACGGCGUUGAUUCUGGCGUUGACACCGGUGCGGGGAUAACCCCGCCCUUGCAGCAAAAAUCUCAUGGCGAAGCCGCCGAAGGGCCUGGCUUGGCAACCACAAUUGAAAGAUCGCUUUCUAUCUCAGAAAAGGAGAGGAUUGAAGAAUCCCAGCGUCGGCAAGAGCAGGAAGAAGGGCAAUCUACCGCUCCAGACGACGAAAAGCGCAAGGAAUCCACAGAGACCAGCAUCACCGAACCCGACGCACAGGUGUCCAAUGACCCUUCCCACCUGACGACAUUCCCAGCCAUCAACGACAGUGACCCGGAAGAGGAUGAGGAAGAGCUCGAUGAGCCUCUCAUCCCCGUCGCCCCCCCUUUCAUCUCCUCCGAAAACCCCAUCCGCGCAACCAUCGGCCCCGCAAUCUACCCCUCUAUCUACACCAAAGUCGUCGUGCAGGGCAUGACCCCCACUGUGCCAGUCAACCUAGCCGAUCUCACCAAGGCCAUGGUCCAAGGCUGGAAAGCAGAUGGACAAUGGCCGCCCAAACCAGCCGUUACAUCGAUUGUCCUCCAAGACGACGCCUCCGUCCCCAAGGCGGCCUCGUCCGAUGCCCCAAGCCAGACAAGACGGAAGAACAGUAUCACGAACGCGAUGCGCAAGGUUUUCCAGAACCCCUUCCACCGACGCGGCUCAACGGAUGCUGCUUCCGGGAACGGAACCCCCGGUACUGUCUAG